UGAGACUUUGUCUCACAAUUGGACGUUAUAUAUUGAAGCAGCAGGGUGAUAAAUAAUGAGCUCCAACUCUUUAACCGGUAGCAUCGACUCCAGAGAAACCGAAGUACUUCUUGGAACCACCGAAGCCACCACCACGACGGUAACUACAGACGCAAAUAUCGAUUCAAACAGAACAACCAAUAUGGGUUCAUUGGAGGAUCUUGAAAACACUGCGCAUGCAGACAGAGAGAGGUUGAGAAAGACUAUUGAGCUCUAUAAGACUGAGACGAGAUCACAGAGAGCAGCUGCCCAUGAAUACGAUGCUGAGUCCCUGACGCAUUCUGUCCAGCACUCCUUAACAAUGACCGAUGACUUUACAGAUGCCGAUGACUUUAUAGUUAACAAGUCUGAUCACGAUGGCUCAGAGCAUGGGGUCCAGUUAAGACAACACACUCCUCCAGACCAGCAACUGCAAAUCGAUGAGAACGAUAACACAGAAAUUGCACCUGUCAAACUACAGCCUCCAAGGGCUAACAAUCAAAACUCCCCUUCUACAAUAAGCAACAGAAUGUCCAUAAUCUCAGACUACGCGGGGAGUAUCCAUGAAGUCAGCCAAGUUAAGUAUGUUGUUGAUCAAGAGCAAUCCCCAUCUGCUGAAUCAACUGCUGCUUUGAAGAAACCAGUUGUCAAGAUUAGCAGAAACCCAUCAAAGAAUACGAAGAAGGACACUGUUGCAGGCUCGAGCUCUGAAUCCACCUCAGGAUCUUCUCGUUACCCUGUGUCCAUGUAUAGUGCUAACAACGAAGCCUCACUGGUCAAGCCAAUCGCUGAAGAACGUAAGACUUCAACAGAUUCCUUCGAUUUUGGUGCUGGUCAGUUGAAGACCACCAAGAGGGGCCAGGCUGUUGGCCCUGAAAGGUCUCACAUCACCGCCUUGGACCCUACAAUCCCAUCAAGAUCACCAAGAAGACCAGUGUCUAUGGUCAUCACCGGUGAUAUCCCACCACCUCCAAUCGAUACCUUACCUCAUCAUGGCAGGGCCAAGUCAGUUGAUGAUUUUGUUCCUGAAAAGAAUGCUGGACCAAGAGAUAUCCUCAUCACGAGCUCUAAGAAAGACCCAAGACCGCUUCCUCCACCACCAGUUCCUCAACAUAAAUCUAAGAAGAGCACUACCACGGAUGAUGGAUUUGUGACCGAAGAUGAAACAACAGAUCCUCUAACUUCCAAGAAGAAGAGAUUAUCUAAAAAGAGAAAAUCUAAGCACCAUUCAAAGAAGUUUAGUGAGGAGACACUAAUGCAAAUGCUUCAAGUAACAGAAGGAACGAUCAUUGGUCAGGAGUUCCAAAACAUUGGGCUUGAACCUCUUGAUAAGCAAUUGUUAGAGAGACUUGUGGAUUCACUUUCAAGACUCACAGCAGAUAUGAUUGUUGAUCCUGAUAGACACGAGGAAAGUGUUAAGAGACUAAACAAGGCUAUAAAGGCUCUGGAAGGUUUCUAACAACGAUUCUUCUUCUUCAUUACAAUGUUUUCCGAUCGCUACUUUGUUUGUUAAUGUUCUGUGUUCUGCUUUCAUGUGAUUAAUAAUAUCUCAAAUAGUUUCUCAAUAAUCCAAAUGACAAUUUCAUUUCAAGUAUCAAAUAGUGUACCUUGUUCUGUUUCACUCGUCCAUAGAUAAAUCACCAUCUGAAUCCAAUAAACUUGAAUGUGCGCGUCCGCCAGGA